UAGGCCCGUUGACACUCAUAGUUGUUGUUUACUACCUUUUCUUCACGUCAAGAUCGACCUCAAAGUAUUCAUAUAAGCCAAAGGGCAGUGGUUUCUUUGGCCGUGCGCCAGCUGUGGUUCCACGUAACUUGCCAGGAGACCACAUCUCUCACUAUGACUUGAAUAAGCUGGCGUCGACCCCGAUGGCUGCCUAUAACAAGGAAAAGGUGCUGAUCCUUACACCGGUCAGCAGAUUCUACAACGAGUACUGGCAGAAUUUGCUCCGCCUGACUUAUCCUCGUGAGCUGGUUGAAUUGGGAUUCAUCGUUCCACGCUCCAAAGAUGGUGAUUUGGCCCUGAAGAAGUUGGAGAAGGCGAUCAAACAAGUGCAGACUGGUAAGAAGGAGAACAGAUUCUCGAAGAUCACCAUCCUUAGACAGGACACCGAAUCCCUCCAGGAACAGAGUGAGAAGUCCAGACAUGCCUUGAAAGUACAGAAGGAACGUCGUGCAAACAUGGCACUGGCUCGUAACUCGCUUCUUUUCAGCGCAUUGGGUCCUUACACCUCGUGGGUGCUAUGGUUGGACUCUGAUAUCGUGGAGACUCCACCAACGUUGGUUCAGGACUUGGUUUCACAUGAUAAGCCUGUUGUCAGCGCAAACUGUUACCAGCGUUACUACAACGAGGAAAAGAAGGAGCAGGACAUUAGACCAUACGAUUACAAUAACUGGGUUGAAUCAGAACAGGGGUUGAAGAUGGCUGAGGAAAUGGCGGACGACGAGAUCAUCGUUGAAGGCUACGCAGAGAUGGCCACUUAUAGAGUGCUUAUGGCCCACUUUUACGAUUCAAACGGUGAUCAAAACACCCUAAUGGAACUCGACGGUGUUGGUGGUGCUGCUGUUAUGGUGAAGGCUGACGUUCAUCGAGACGGUGCGAUGUUCCCACCUUUCCCAUUCUAUCAUUUGAUUGAGACCGAAGGUUUCGCCAAGAUGGCUAAGAGACUGGGAUACCAGGUGUUUGGUUUACCGAAUUAUCUGGUUUAUCACUACAACGAAUAAACAACACAUUCCAAUCUCUAUCCUAGAAGACAUUGCACUUUCACAUUAUCAAUGCAAACAACUAAUCCAUAUCGUUGUCACAUUAUACACGUAUUGAUGGCCUGUAGCGUUGCCCUGCUGGGGUUAACCUUCUUAAUACUUGAUAUCUUUGCGAGAUGCUUCUUGACGACGUCCUUGGUGACCAAUAAAUUCGGU